GGGAAAGUAUUCCUUAUCCGAAGCAGCCCAGUCUUCAACUGCGGCCACCUGCCGGAAUGUCCAAAAGGCUCCGCUCUCAGUUAGAGCAAGCAAGCACAGAAGAUGCCUGCUCUGAGAUACACCUGGAGCCACCACAGCUGUUCUGCGAUGAAAACCAAAUCACGCGUUGUGACAAGUACCUCCAGUACCAAGAGCAUAGGAAUCACGUGGUAUACAGAGUACAGGAGGCCGCUGAGAAUUACAGGAAGUUAUUUCAGGAGAUAUUGAACUCAUUGAAGGAGAAACUUGAAGUAGCUAAAAGCAUAUUGGCUGAUGAGCAAGAAAGAAUGGUGUUGAUGCAGGAAGAGGAACAGAAUUUGAAAGAGGUGAUUGAGUCUGAAUAUAGGCUAAGGUUCCGGUUGAUGAUGGAAGAAAACGAGGUGAACUUCCAGAGCCUGCAAGGGUACAUAUUCAACCUGAACUUGAGAGAAGCCAGUCAGAACCAACUGAUCGAGUUUGUUGCAAAACUAAAGGAGAAGUUCCAGGAAAUAUUACAGAGGCUGGACAGUCUGGGGAGAGAGAACAUGAAUAAACUGAAAGAGAGUGAAGUUAGACUCUCUGAGCAGAUCUGCAGCCUCCAAAAGAUGAUCGCAGAGCUAGAGAAGAAGUGUGGGCAAUCAGCCUCGGUGUUACUCCAGAAUGCAAGAUAUGCUUUGGAAAGGAGCGAGUCACUACUGCUUCAGUGUCUGGAGCCAGCACGAAUCACAGACCUGAGUUUAUGCCAGACGGGAAUAAGCAAAAUGCUAAAAGUGCUGCAAAGACCUAUAACUUUGGACCCUAAAACAGCUCAUCCCUGUCUGAUCGUAUCUGAGGAUCUGAGAAGUAUAAGACUCAGGAAUAUCCAGCAGGAGGUCCCUGGUCACCCAGAGAGGUUGGACUUUAGUGCUACUGUGUUGGGUGUGGAGAGCUUCACCUCAGGAAGGCACUACUGGGAGGUGGAUGUGGAAAAGGCAACCCAGUGGCAGCUGGGCAUAGGCAGAGGCUCUGCCAGCAGACAUGCUUCUGGAGACAAAGUCUUACUCACAGGAUCCAUGGUGGGAACCGAUUUUACUUUCUGGGCCUUUCCCCCUUUGAAAAGAGUCUCCUUGAGAGAGCAGAUGCACAGAGUUGGAGUUUUCCUAGACUAUGAGUAUGGGCAGAUUGCCUUCUAUGAUGUGACAAGGCAAUCUCUCAUCUAUAAUUUCUCUUAUCUCACCUUCCAUGGGGCUCUCAAGCCUGUAUUUUGUCUUUGCAUCUCCAGGGGAGGCAUGAACCCAGACUCUUUGAGCAUCUGCCUCCCUCAUGUUUCUUCCUGUAAUGGUACUCUAAGCCUUCAGUCUUCUUUGGUGUGA